GCGGUCGCAGGGAGAGCAGGCCUGGGAUCAUGGGGGAGAGCGCACUGGAGCCGGGCCCUGCGCCUGGAGCGCUGCCUGAGGGCCCUGUGCACGCCGUGACGGUGGUGACCCUGCUAGAGAAGCUGGCCACUAUGCUGGAGACGCUGAGGGAGCGGCAGGGGGUUCUGGCGCAGAGGCAGGGCGGCCUGGCCGGCUCUGUGAGCCGAAUCCAGAGCGGCCUGGGCGCGCUGAGCCGCAGCCACGACACCACGAGCAACACGCUGAUGCAGCUGCUGGCCAAGGCGGAGCGCGUGGGUUCGCACGCAGAUGCUGCCCAGGAGCGCGCUGUGCGCCGUGCCGCCCAGGUGCAGCGGCUGGAGGCCAACCACGGGCUGCUGGUGGCGCGCGGGAAGCUACACGUCCUGCUCUUCAAGGAGGAGGCCGAAAUCCCAGCCAGAGCCUUCCUGAAGGCUCCGGAACCCUUAGGCCCGGUGGACCAGUCUGAGCCCAGCCCAGAGCAGCUGGAGGGUGAAGUUGGGGAGAGUUCGGAUGAGGAGCCGGUGGAGUCCAGGGCGCGGCGGCUGCGGCGCACUGGGUUAGAGAAGGUACAGAGCCUGCGAAGGGCCCUUUCGGGCCGAAAAGGUCCUGCAGCGCCAACGCCCACCCCUGUCAAGCCACCUCGCCUUGGGCCUGGCCGGAGCGCUAAUGGCCAACCAGAAGAGACCCGGCCUGCGCUGGAGUCCAAGCUGGAGCCAGAACCUCUGCAGGACGCCGAGGAAGAUCCCGGGAGACCUGGGGCUGCCGACUUGGCUGUGCUCCAAAUAGAAAGUGCGGCCUGAUGACUGGUGCUGACUGCCUCCCCUGUGCCCAUGCCAAGUCCCAAAAUAAAUCUUCCUCUCAGAAUGCAGCAUUCACGCCCAAAUAAGGAGUGAAUCCUGCAUCCACAGCCCAGCUCUGGCCCUCCCUCCCGGGCUCCUUCAGCCCAUCACCCUGUGUCCUUGGAGCAGCCAUUCACACCUGCUUGUACUCACCAUCAAUAAAAGUGAUGUUACCUAA